CCUUGGGGUUUGAUUAACACGAGUGAUAUAUGAUGUAGUGGGUCUCUCUUUUUAUAUCUCUUGUCUUUUACAUUCUCCAUUGUAACUUCCUUCGCACUUGUCCUUGAAGUCGCACACACAAAUUCAAGGCCAGAUCCCCAAACAUAAUCUAUCCAUAUACAUUGUUCAGUCCAUCAUAUCAAUCAAUCACCUCAAACUCUGAGAAACAAUCAAAACAAGAGGAGAGAGAAAGAAAGAAGAAAGAGUAAACAAACAUGUCAUCUUCGGCAUCGUUCCUACCGGACCACCACCACCACCACCUCUCACCAACCCCCGAGCAGCUCUGCUAUGUCCAGUGCAAUUUUUGUGAAACCGUUCUUGCGGUGAGUGUUCCUUGCAGCAGUUUGUUCACAACUGUUACUGUUCGAUGUGGGCACUGCACCAAUCUUUUGUCUGUUAACAUGCGUGCCCAUCUUCUUCCAGCUGCUGCCUCUGCGAAUCAGCUCCAUUUUGGCCAUAACUUCUUCUCUCAUCAAAACAUUAUGGAGGAGAUGAGGAACACCCCUUCUAACCUAUUGAUGAAUCAGUCAAUUUCAGAGUCUAUAGGUCCAGUUCGAGUUGAUGAGCUACUCAAGCCUCCUGUAGUGAAUAGGCGUAAGAUUUCUUUUGUCAUUUUCUUCUUCUUUAUCAACCCAUUGCUUUUUGAAUCUAGAUCUCCAGAGAAGCGCCAGAGAGUUCCUUCUGCUUACAACAGAUUCAUCAAGGAGGAGAUCCAACGUAUCAAAGCAGGUAACCCAGAUAUAAGCCACAGGGAAGCCUUCAGUGCAGCUGCAAAGAAUUGGGCACAUUUUCCUCACAUCCACUUUGGUCUUAUGCCUGAUGAUCAGCCUCUAAAGAAAUCAACUGCCUGCCAACAGGAAGGAGAUGAUCUUCGACUGAAAGAUGCUUUUCUUAGUGCGGGCAAUGUGGGAGUUUCGCCAUACUAGGGAAAGCGAGGGCUAA